CAUUAUUGCGAAAAUGUGUAUUUGCCUGACAAGGUGACCGGUUAUGAGGCGGAUUCUUGGGGAACGGAAUUCAUUUUCGUAGUUCCGCCGAAUAACGGUGAUGCUGCGAAUACAAAAGCAGUGCUGGAGAUCAGUGCAAUGAUUCGUGGUAAGCUUGUAAAUGUGCUGAUUGAGUACAACGAAGUAACCGGUAAAGAUUCGAACGAUACUUUGACGAGGAAAGUGGAAAAGUUACUAGUCAAGGAGCAUACUGAGGUACGGCAUCUAAAUCAAUUUUUCUUCAGAAUUUAUUUCUUUUGA